GCGGGGUGGCCGCGGGGCCCGGCCGGGCUUGCAGCCGGGCGGGCGGGCGGGGGGCCGCAGCCAUGAUCCGGGCCUUCUCGUUCCCGGUGAGCCCCGAGCGGGGCCGGCUGCGGGGCUGGCUGGAGGGCAGCCUGGCCGGGCUGUGCGAGCUGCACUGGCUCCGCGAGCGGCAGGAGUACCGCGUGCAGCAGGCGCUGCGGCUGGCCCAACCCGGCCUGGGGGGCGCCGAGGCCGAAGACGACGAGGACGCCGACGAGGACGAAGAUGCCGCGGCGGCACGCCGGGCCGCGGCGGCCCUGGAGGAGCAGCUGGAAGCCUUGCCAGGGCUCAUCUGGGGCUUGGAGCAGCAGCUGGGAGACCUGAGCCUGGAGUCUGGGGGCCUGGAGCAGGAGAGUGGGCGCAGCUCUGGCUUCUAUGAAGACCCCAGCUCCACCGCCGGCCCCGAUUCUCCGCCCUCCACCUUCUGUGGGGACAGUGGCUUCUCUGGCUCCAGCUCCUACGGGCGCUUGGGGCCCUGUGAACCCCGAGGCAUCUAUGCCAGCGAGAGGCCCAAGUCUCUAGGAGACGCCUGUCCCAGCGCCCCGGAGGUGGUCAGCGCGCGUCCAGCCGUGCCUCGCUCCUACUCGGCGCCCUACCCGACGGCGGCCGCGGGCCCCGAGGGCUGCUCCUCCGCCGACCGCCGGGCCCGCGCGGGGCCCUUCCUCUCGCCCAGCCCCUUGCACGCCGUGGCGCUCCGGAGCCCGAGGCCCUGCGGCCGGCCCCUGGCGUCGGUGGCCUCGGUGGCGGCGGACUCGAGCGACCCGGGGCGGCCCCUGGACGGCUACAUCACGGCGCUCCUCCGCAGGCGCCGCCGCCGGGGGGCUGGCCAGCCCCGGACCAGCCCGGGGGGCGCGGACGGGGGUCCGAGGCGCCAGAACAGCGUCCGCCAGCGGGUCCCCGACGCCGCGUCUCCACCCCCCGGCGGCGCGCGGUCCGCGCAGGAGCUGCCCGGCGGUGGUGCCAACGCCGGCGGCGCCUUGGAGCGUCCCGGGGCGCGCCCCAACAGCCCGGCCCCGUUGGGGCGCGGGGCCUGGGGCUCGCCCUGGGAAGCCGAGGCCGCGCCCGAGCCCCCCGGGGCGCCGCCCGCCGCCCCGGAGCCCCCCGACAGCCCCGCCGACGGCCGCCUGGUGAAGGCGCAGUACAUCCCCGCGGCGCAGGCGGCCACCCGCGGCCUCCCGGGGCGCGCAGCCCGCCGCAAGGCGCCGCCGCCGCUCACCCGGGGCCGCAGCGUGGAGCAGUCGCCCGCCCCGGAGCGGGAGCGCCCACGCGUGUCCGCGGGCCGCCGUGGACGCUUGGCCGAGGCCCAGGGCCGCACGGGGGGGUCGCCGCGCGCGCGCAAGGCUGCGCGCUCGCAGUCGGAGACCAGCCUGCUGGGGACGGCGGCCGCCGCCGCGCCCCCGGGGCCGCCCAAGUACCCCACGGCCGAGCGCGACGAGCCCCGGCCGCCGCGGCCCCGCAGAGGGCCCGCGCCCACCCUGGCGGCCCAGGCGGCCGGUUCGUGCCGCCGGUGGCGCUCCACGGCCGAGAUCGACGCCCCCAGACGCUCCGCGCGCGCGCCAGGCCCCGUGCGCCCUCGGCAUCGCGGCCCCGGGCCCGGCCCGUCCCCGCAGGUGCCGCCGCGGAGGCUGCUCUACGGCUGCGCCGGCAGCGACUCCGAGUGCUCCACCGGCCGCCUCGGGGGCCCCCUGGGCCGUCGGGGACCCGCGGGUGGAGGCGGAGCCGGGUGGCUUGGCCGGCGGCUACGGCGGAGGAGCGAGUCCAGCGCCAGCGACGGGGAGUCGCCCGCCUUCAGCUCCGCGUCCAGCGACUCCGACGGCAGCGGCGGCCUGGUGUGGCCCCAGCAGCUGGUGGCCGCCACCACCGCCGCCGCCGCCGCUGCUGCAGCAGGACCCGGACCCGGGGUCGGGGGAGGGACCCCCGCGGGCCCAGCCAAGGUCUUCGUGAAGAUCAAGGCCUCCCACGCGCUCAAGAAAAAGAUCCUGAGGUUCAGGUCCGGGUCGCUCAAGGUUAUGACCACGGUGUGAGGGUGUGAGUUUGUUCACUCGCUCAUGGUAGGUGGGCUUGGGCCUUCCCCCUCCACCACCGCCACCCCAGAUGGCCUGGGCACCCCAGAUCCCCUCACCGCUCACACUCACCCACCCGCCGACAAGGCCCUCCCACACGCCCCUUUCCAAAGACCACCACUCUCGGCUUCCAAAGACCCUCUCCUGUCCCCCCUCCAUGCCACUCCGAUGAGAAUAGCAGCCCCCUGGGCAGUGCAAAGGGGACCCCCCCAAACAGCCCCCAGUUCAGCCCCGCAGUGGCAGGAAGCGUCCCUCUCCUUCCCACCCCCGGGCCUUACUUUGUUCAUCUGUACUAUGGUAUGCAGCAGGCGUCAUUUAUGGGAAUGUCCCCAUUUUAGUUACGGAGCAAAGUCUGUUCCCCAUUACUUCUCACACCCAGGCCUCUUGGUCCUUUCCACUGUUUCCCUGAUAAACCCUCCCUCCAUUCACAAGUGCCCCCCUCCUCCAUGUCCCUGAACCCCUCCUCAGACGCCCCUCUGGCACCCUCUUGGAGACUCUGAGUCGGACCCAAUUGGUGCCUGCAGAGGGACCCUGAGAAGGGAAAGGGCCCCGACUUUUGGGGUUUUGAGGGUCAAGCAGGAGUUGGUAACACCUGAAAAGAAAGUCCGCACUCACCUUUCUUCUGGAACAAUGAUUCAGAAUUGGGAGGUGGAGGUGGGAAAGGAAGAUGGUUUCUAUCUCAUGCCCCCCCCAAUGAGAUGGAGUUGGGGUGGGGUGGGGGGCAACCCAGGAUGACCCUCAGCUGUUUUGAUCCAGUAUUUUUUUUCUUUUAAAAAAAUUACUGUAUUUAUUAUGAUAAUGAUGACUCCCCGGUGCCUGGGGGGGCAGAUUCUGUGUUUCUCUAACCUCUUUGUAAAUAAAUUCACACUGUUACAUA